CUUGGGGGCGGUAGCACCUUGGCUUCAAGGUGGUUUUCCAGAAACACCGUUAACGUAACUGCAAGGGAAGAGGUAGGCCCUUUCAAGUCUCUCGUUCAAGUCGCGUAAACAAAGCUAGCUAGCUAACUUUUGACAGAAGGAGAAGAACCAAAAUAGAGCAAGGACUGACUUGCCUGGGCUUUCCUUGCACCAUGGCUCGACCACUGGGAGAAAGCCAUAAAAGGUUUCUGCAAACCAUGAUGGUCAAUGGGAUCAUUGAUGGUGCCAAGGCAAGGGCUCUCCACCGGCAUUGCUGUGAGACACACGGUGCACACUAUGCUCAUGAUAAACUUGAUGAAUUCAUUGAGGUUAUCAAUGCCCAGCUACAGCCCAUGUUCAUGCAGAUCAGAAAAGGGAUGUCUGAGGAGGAUGGUCUUCAGUACCAUGCUUUGGUGAACAUGGCUGAAACUGAUGUGACCAGGAUGUCAACUGAUUAUGCAGACAACGAGUUGGAAUUAUUCCGAAAAACAAUGGACCUGAUUGUGGACUCUGACAAUGGAACCGCCUCUUCCACAGACAUUCUUAACUGUGCCGACAGCCUCCAGACAAAGAAGCUAAAGAAAAGAGAAACGGAACAUGUACUGAACAGGCUUGUUCAGGAUAAGUGGCUGAAUGAGAAAAAUGGUGACUACUCUCUCUCCACUCGAUGUAUAAUGGAGAUGGAGCAAUAUAUUCGGAUGUUGUAUCAAGACCAGGUCAAGGUCUGCCACAUCUGUCACAAUGUGGCCUUGCAGUGCCAGAUGUGUGAAAAUCCUACAUGUGGCAUCAAAAUCCACACCCCUUGUGUCGCCAGAUACUUCAAAGGAAGGACUGAUCCACGAUGCCCUGCCUGUGAGGACUUCUGGCCACAUGAGAUCCCAGAUAUGUAUAGAUCUCCGUCCUCUCAGAGCGAGACUCAGUCAGCAGCCAAAGAGAAUACGGCCCCCACUCCUCGGUCUACAGCUCAGACCAGGAGGACCAGGAGGUCAUAACCUCACGGAUGCAUGUAUAGCUGUCAGAACUUUCAGUACAAUGUUUUGCCUUCAUUCAAAUGUACAAAUCAAUUUAGUUAAGUUUGAAAGUUGAAAACGUUUUUAUAAUUGUAUAUCAAAUGUUAUACUUUCAGGAGAACAUCUUUCAUUGAAUUGUCAAUGGUCUCCCGUGAGAUCCUCUUAACUUGAUUAUCUUAAUUUUAUUAAGUUACUUUCUAGGGGAGCAAUUCUGGGAAGUGUGGCAACUACAGUCAUUCUUUCAGGCAGUUUAAAUGGAAAGCUGUGUUUACAUAAUUUGUGCCUGUGGUUCAUUAGGUUGUUAAAUUAGAAUAGUACUGCCUUAUUUGAAUAAAUUAUGGAAAUGACCUAAUCUGA